AUGGCCUCUCAGCACAAUCUGGUGGAUGACAGGCAGUCGGUGACGAUGACCCCGUCCGAAGAUCUACAUACCGGAGAAGUCGAGAAGAGUCACAACGGUAAACCUGAAGAUGAGUUCCCCGACGGAGGCUGGAGGGCCUGGGGUGUGGCCAUUGGAAACGCCGGAGUGAUGUUCUGUACGCUGGGCCAUGUGAAUACCUGGGGAGUCUACCAAGCCUACUACGAGGUCAAUCAGCUUCAAGGCCAUUCCCCUUCGGCGAUUGCCUGGAUUGGAUCCCUCCAGUCAUUCUCCAUCUUCGCCGCUGCGCUUGCUGGCGGUCCCCUGUUUGAUCGCUACGGUGCGAAGGUCAUCGUGCCGGCGGCCGUGGUUUACCUUUUCAGCGUCUUCAUGACCAGUCUAUGCAAGGAAUACUGGCAGUUCAUGCUUGCCCAGGGAGUCCUCGGCGGCAUGGCCAACGGCUUCACCAUGUCCCCAUCCAUGGCUGCAACCCCACAGUACUUUAAGCGGAAACGCGGCGCAGCCAUGGGCGUCGCCGUCGCAGGCUCCUCCCUCGGCGGCGUCAUCCUCCCCAUUGCCUUAAACCGUUUCCUCACCACCACCACCCUCGGCUUCGGCUGGUCCGUCCGCAUCCUCGGCUUCAUCAUGCUCGGCGUCCUCGUCCCAUCCUGUCUCCUGAUCCGGGCCCGUCUCCCCCCACGCAAGAGCCAGUUCCUCCUCCACUCCGCCUUCAAGGAGCUCCCCUACGCCCUGCUCGUCGCCUGCAUGUUCUUCCUCUUCCUCGGCAUGUUCCCGCUCCUCUUCCUGACCCCCAGCUUCGCUAUCGCCCAGGGCAUGAGCACCACCCUCGCCUUCUACACGCAGUCCAUCCUCAACGCCGCCUCGUUCCCCGGCCGCAUCGUCCCCGCCAUCCUCUCGGACCGCCUCGGCCGCCAGAACGUCCUCGCCGCCGCCGGCCUCAGCAGCGGCAUCCUCGCGCUGUGCUGGCAGCGCGUCGAGGGCAACGCGGGCAUCAUCGUCUUCGCCGUCAUGUACGGUUUCUGCUCCGGCGCGAUCAUCUCCGGCGGGUCCGUGAGUCUGGCGUCAUGUCCGAGCGACCCGAAGAAUAUCGGCACGUAUAUGGGCAUGGGCAUGGGGGUGUCGUCGAUUGCGGCGCUGAUCGGGCCGCCCAUCAGCGGCGCGCUGGUGGAUCGGUAUCAUGGCUUUGCGCAGGUGGCUGAUUUCUGUGGAGUGGUUAGUCUGUUUGGUGGGGUGUUGGCGCUGAUGGUGAAGGUGGUGUCGGGGCACUCGUUGCUUUCGAAGUCGUGA